CUAACCGCUUUAAAACUUCAUUUCAUGCGGUUCGGUGAAAAUAGUGCUCCGUAAAAAAAUUAAAACUAUUACUUUUAAAAUACAUUUACUUCAAAUAUGAAUUUUAAAUCAAUAACAUAAACAAAUACAUUUCAAUCUUAAAAUAUAAUUACCUUAUAAAACAAGCCCGAAAAUGAUGUACGACAAUGAAGAAGAAAUAUACGAAGGAGAAAAUGCAGAAGAAAUUUCUCACGAACUUUGGCAAGAAGCUUGCUGGAUCGUCAUCAACGCCUACUUCGAUGAGAAAGGUUUGGUGCGACAGCAAUUGGACAGUUUCGAUGAAUUCAUUCAGAUGUCUGUGCAGCGAAUUGUUGAAGACUCGCCGGCAAUUGAUCUUCAAGCGGAGGCUCAACAUACAUCUGGAGAAAUUGAAACACCGCCUCGAUUUUUAUUAAAAUUCGAUCAAAUUUACUUAUCGAAACCAACACAUUGGGAGAAGGAUGGUUCGCCAAGUCCUAUGAUGCCGAACGAAGCCCGUCUGCGUAAUUUAACCUACUCAGCACCCCUCUAUGUGGACAUAACAAAAACAAAAAUUCUCGAAGGCCAAGAUCCCGUCGAAACCCAACAUCAAAAAACUUUCAUUGGUAAAAUCCCGAUUAUGUUGCGUUCGACAUAUUGCCUCCUUAGUCAGCUAUCCGAUCGUGAUUUGACAGAAUUGAAUGAAUGUCCAUUGGAUCCCGGUGGCUACUUCAUUAUAAACGGUUCGGAAAAGGUCUUAAUCGCCCAAGAAAAAAUGGCAACCAAUACUGUGUAUGUGUUCAGCAUGAAAGAUGGCAAAUAUGCUUUCAAGUCUGAAAUUCGUUCGUGUCUGGAACAUAGCUCACGUCCCACAUCGACGCUCUGGGUGAAUAUGAUGGCUCGUGGUUCGCAGAAUAUCAAGAAAUCGGCCAUUGGUCAGAGAAUCAUUGCAAUCCUGCCGUACAUCAAACAGGAAAUACCAAUCAUGAUCGUGUUUCGAGCUCUAGGAUUCGUCGCCGACAGAGAUAUCCUUGAACACAUUAUUUAUGACUUCGAUGACCCUGAAAUGAUGGAAAUGGUGAAGCCAUCUUUGGAUGAAGCUUUUGUGGUGCAGGAGCAGAAUGUAGCUUUGAAUUUUAUCGGAGCUCGAGGUGCUCGUCCGGGUGUGACAAAAGACAAGCGUAUAAAGUAUGCUAAGGAAAUCCUACAAAAAGAAAUGUUGCCUCACGUGGGGGUGUCGGAUUUCUGCGAGACAAAGAAAGCAUAUUUUCUGGGGUACAUGGUUCACAGACUGUUGUUGGCUUCUUUGGGUCGUCGUGAACUCGACGAUCGGGAUCACUACGGCAACAAACGUUUGGAUCUUGCUGGUCCAUUGUUGGCAUUCUUGUUUAGAGGUCUCUUUAAGAAUCUCAUGAAAGAGGUUCGGAUGUACACACAAAAGUUCAUCGAUCGUGGAAAGGAUUUCAAUCUAGAAUUGGCCAUCAAGACAAAUAUCAUAACUGACGGUUUGAGGUAUUCAUUGGCCACAGGAAAUUGGGGAGACCAAAAGAAGGCUCAUCAAGCUCGUGCCGGAGUGUCUCAGGUGUUGAACCGUUUGACUUUUGCUUCCACUUUGUCCCAUUUGCGACGAGUUAACUCGCCCAUUGGUCGUGAUGGUAAGUUGGCCAAGCCACGUCAAUUGCACAACACCCUGUGGGGCAUGUUGUGCCCUGCCGAAACUCCUGAAGGAGCUGCUGUCGGUCUGGUAAAAAAUCUGGCUUUGAUGGCUUAUAUUUCCGUCGGAUCUCAACCAUCACCCAUCUUGGAGUUCUUGGAAGAAUGGUCGAUGGAAAAUUUGGAAGAAAUAGCUCCGUCUGCCAUUGCAGAUGCCACUAAGAUCUUUGUCAACGGCUGCUGGGUGGGAAUUCACCGUGACCCUGAACAAUUGAUGGCAACUUUACGAAAAUUGCGUCGUCAGAUGGACAUCAUUGUCUCGGAAGUGUCUAUGAUUCGAGAUAUUCGUGAUCGUGAGAUUCGAAUCUACACUGAUGCCGGGCGUAUCUGCAGACCUCUGUUGAUUGUCGAAAAUGGCAGCCUGCUGUUGAAAAGAAACCACAUCGAGAUGUUAAAGGAGCGUGAUUACUACAACUACAGUUGGCAGGUAUUGGUGGCGUCUGGAGUCGUCGAGUACAUUGACACUCUGGAGGAGGAGACCAUUAUGAUUGCCAUGUCACCUUAUGACUUGAAACAAGACAAAGAUUAUGCCUAUUGUACUACCUACACUCACUGUGAGAUCCAUCCGGCUAUGAUUCUGGGCGUUUGUGCAUCCAUUAUUCCAUUCCCCGAUCACAACCAGUCGCCCCGUAAUACAUAUCAAAGUGCUAUGGGUAAACAAGCUAUGGGAGUUUACAUAACCAAUUUCCAUGUUCGGAUGGAUACCCUGGCUCAUGUGCUCUAUUAUCCCAUGAAGCCUCUGGUUACAACCCGUUCCAUGGAGUAUUUGCGAUUCAGAGAGUUGCCGGCGGGAAUUAAUUCCAUUGUGGCUAUUCUUUGCUACACAGGGUACAAUCAGGAGGACAGUGUUAUCUUGAAUGCUUCUGCUGUGGAGAGAGGAUUCUUCCGAUCGGUGUUUUACCGUUCAUACAAGGAUUCUGAGAAUAAACGAAUCGGUGAUCAAGAGGAACAGUUCGAGAAGCCUAACAGGGCUACAUGCCAGGGUAUGCGAAAUGCUCAUUAUGACAAGUUGGACGAUGAUGGUAUCAUUGCCCCAGGUAUUCGUGUAUCUGGAGAUGAUGUGGUUAUUGGAAAGACAAUAACCUUACCAGAAAAUGACGAUGAGUUGGAAAGUACAACGAAACGUUUUACUAAGCGAGAUGCUUCGACUUUCUUGCGUAACUCUGAAACUGGUAUUGUCGAUCAGGUGAUGUUGACUUUGAACAGUGAGGGUUAUAAGUUUUGUAAGAUUCGUGUACGUUCGGUACGUAUUCCACAAAUUGGUGACAAGUUCGCUUCACGUCACGGACAGAAGGGAACCUGUGGUAUACAGUACCGUCAAGAAGAUAUGGCGUUUACAGCUGAAGGACUAACACCAGAUAUUAUCAUUAAUCCUCACGCUAUUCCAUCUCGUAUGACAAUUGGCCAUUUAAUUGAGUGCUUGCAAGGCAAGCUUGGUUCAAACAAAGGAGAAAUUGGUGAUGCAACUCCAUUUAAUGAUGCCGUCAACGUACAAAAGAUUUCCACUUUCCUCCAAGAAUAUGGUUACCAUUUGCGUGGCAAUGAAAUCAUGUACAAUGGACACACUGGUCGAAAAAUUAAUGCCCAGGUAUUUUUAGGGCCAACCUACUAUCAGCGUCUCAAACAUAUGGUGGAUGAUAAAAUCCAUUCCAGAGCUCGUGGUCCUGUACAGAUUUUGGUGCGACAACCUAUGGAGGGUAGGGCUCGUGAUGGUGGUCUACGUUUCGGUGAAAUGGAACGUGAUUGUCAGAUAUCCCAUGGAGCUGCACAAUUCUUACGUGAGAGGCUGUUUGAAGUCUCGGAUCCUUAUCGCAUUCACAUUUGCAAUUUCUGUGGAUUAAUUGCAAUUGCCAAUCUGCGUAACAACACAUUCGAGUGCAAGGGAUGCAAGAACAAGACUCAAAUCUCUCAGGUCCGACUUCCGUAUGCGGCCAAGUUGUUGUUCCAAGAACUGAUGUCAAUGAAUAUAGCACCACGUUUGAUGGUUAUUUAAAUUAUUGUUUCUCCUCUUUUUUGUACUAAAACGUAUUUAAAAUUACAAGACACAAAAACAAAAUAAAGAAAUUACAAAUAAGAAAAUA